GACCUGUUGUUCAGUGUGUGCGCUCUCAAUAUCGUCUCCACCAUUGUCUGUGCUUUGGCAACAGCAAUGUGUUGCAUGCAGAUGGUUUCUUCUGAUCUCCUGCAAAUGUUUCUGCCACAGAGGCCACCUUCUGCCAAUCCUGACUGCAUGACUCCACAUGGAACUAUGCUGCAUCAGACCUUGGAUUUUGAUGAGUUCAUACCACCAAUACCACCUCCACCCUACUACCCACCAGAGUAUACCUGUACACCGGUGAUAGAGGCACAGAGAGGUCUCCAUUUGGACUUUCCUCAUUCCCCAUUCAGUGCUUUAUAUGAAGUAACAAUUAACAGCCCAGGAAUGCUGUAUCCAGCUGAGCUGCCCCCUCCUUAUGAGGCAGUGAUUGGAGAGACGCCUGCCAGUCGGGUCACUGGUGCUGAUCAGCAAGUAUCCGAAUCAAGCCUGGGUGAGAGGAACAUGACCCUGGACUUCAGCACACAAGUUUCUGCUGAGAGCACCUCUUUGAUGGUCUCUGAGGCUGUUGAUAUCCCAGACCGUAGCUACUCCUCUGAGGAUCUUUGUUCGCUGGAAGUUCAAGGAUCUCUCCGUUCUGUAGAUCUUUCUUCCUACUGUACAACCCCCAAAGGGGCUACGGACCAGAGCUGCAGCACUCUUGAUUACAGCGCCCACUGCAGGUUCCACAGAACUCACUCAGAGGGUUUUCGGGAUGAGGAUGACAGUUCCCACAGCCGAGUCUCUACAGACGGGUCUCAAGGCCAGGAAAAGAACUGUGCCCGUGGCAGGUCCUUGGACUGUUCCUCAGAGAAUUUCAGCCCCUCAGAAAGAGAACUGCAGAGUUCUGCUCAAGAGAGCAAUGCCAUGCCACCUUUGAAGCAAAAGAAAAUCUGCUAUGCAGACUUCAGCCAGCCUCCUGUCCCUUCCCAGACCUCUCCCUGCUUUGGGCCCACAAAUACUUCACCAUAUGCAAGCAGCCAGGAGAAUUCUGUCCAGCAGCACCCCAUUACGAAAUACCGAAUUUCAAACAUAGUCCGGUCAACUAGUGACCCCGUAUCGUGUUCGUCUUAUACAGAAGGUAGGAAUUGUGCCUGGACUCCUCUAUGUAGCCAACGUCAAGAUGCAGGAUUAUCUCCAGCUAUGUUAGAAACAGUUCCUGUUUCUGAUUCUCAUAUGGCUGCCUCUGCUUGUCAGCAUUCUUUGAGCAGUUUCCUACCAACUGGAAAACAGAGGGAUUCAAGGAAAAUUGAUCUACACCUAAAGCCAAAGGCUUUGCACACAGUCUCAAAAGAGCGACCACAUUCUUUAGUGGACCUUAAGGCCUAUAAAGACACAAAAAUCUUAGUGGCAAAGUUUUUGGAACAUUCAAACUGUAAUCUCCCUCCAGAAGUACGUCAUGUAGUGAACAGCAUACGAUCAGUAAUAAAAUCUGAUGAGAGACACAUGGAAGAAGCCAUCUUCAGUGCCAAUAUUAUAGACCAGGUGAUUACAAGUUCCCAGCAGAAUGUGAAUACCUCUAGAAAGCGACUUCAAGAAGAUCUUCAUCUUCAGAGCUGUGGUGCUCUGAGCUCUCCAGUUGCCUUCUUACGUCAGUCCCACAUCACUCGCAGUUUAGAGCGGGACAGGCCUCACAGUUUAAUCGGAGUCUGCCGGGAGACCAUCCUUUGAUAGUACUCACAGGUAUGUGAUUCCAGCAAAGAGAAUUAAGGAAGAAACCAGGACUGGGAGAAGUACCAGUAGCAGAUGACUUAACAAGGAAAAAGUGUCUUCCUUUGGAAUUCCACUUUUUUCCAACAGCAGGAGGAGAACGCCUGUUUUUCUGAAUGUAAAUUUCAGCCCUGAUUUUUGCAAAAUUUUAACUGACUUAUUAGUAAAGUCAUAACAAAUGUUUUCCCAACCAGAAACGCGUUUAUUUCACUGUACGUACAGAAAUGCUACUGGUGCUGCAUUUCUUAAAAACCAUUGCAAAACCACCAGAG